CAACUGUGGGAUUGGAAGACGAUAUUUAAGCAAUUUAAAUAUGUAUUUCUUGUUAUUUUAAACAAAAUAUAGCUUUUUGCUUUAAAAUCUACAUAUUAAUUACGAUAUAUUCAUUGGACCAUAUCAUAACUUGAGUCCAACAGCCCGGUCUUCUUAUUCCACAGUUUUAAGUGACCUAACUACGUCUCUACGUGCGUUAAAAAGAAGAAUGUUGGGAUAAUCCAAUGAAAGAGAAGAACGUGGAACUUAACUAAUUGGUUUCUUGAAAUGAUGCAGUUCUAUCAGUGAUUUCUUGAACCCGGAGAGAUUCAGAAUGUUGGAGGGGGGCAGAGUCUUGGCGGUUUUCUUCCUUGUAUUCCUGUUGACAGAGACCGGUGUACAAAUCGUCGGUCAGCUGACCGGUUGGUGUAAACCAGCUGCAGGGGCCGGCCAACCUACUCAGCAUACUACUCUGCAGUACCAGGGACAACAGGAUCAGAAGGUUGAUAACAAGGCAGUUCUAGGAACUAUAACCUCACACUGCCUACCUAAGCUUGUGUGCCAGCUUUACUCCUUGCAAUCCAGGGAACAUAUCUCAGAUUCAGAGAGAAACCUCAUCAAUCUCAUCGGAUCUGUUGGACUAACCGGUUUUCCCUCUAAGUACAGCUAUGCAGCACACAUGGGUCAGCUGGUGAGAGGCGUGCUGGGUCAAGGAUGCCAUAACUUCUACCCUAGCUGCCCCUUUUCUAGUAAUGACGUCAUAGAAAUUGCUCGGAGAAUCAAUUUUAGUUAAAUCUAUCAAUGUUCAGUGUACAUAGGUCACUAUAAACAAUGUACAACGUGUAAGAUCUAGCACUGUACAGUGUACAGUACACUUACAUGGUUUACUAUGCAAUGUACAACGUGUUAUAUAUAUAUAUAUAUAUAUAUAUAUAUAUUCACUGAACGUACAGUGUGCGUACAGUGUACAUUGGUCACAAAGCAAUGUACAACUUGUAAGAUCUAACAAGCUUUAGUGUACGCUGUAAAUAAGUCACUAAACAAUGUACGUGUACAGCAGCAUUUAGAGAUACGAGCGUACGUACAAGUACAGUGUACAUUGUAAAAUCCUAGACAAACUAGCGAGCUAAGCAGAAUUUCUUACAAGAUGAUGUGUUUCAUGGUGCUAACGCUAUGCAUAAAAUACGUUGUACACUAUUUUUAUAAUAAUAUGUACGACGUUGUACAGUAAUCUCUAGUAUCUGAAUAUCAAAGGAAAAGAGCACAAAAGCAAAAACUUCUGUACAUAAGCGUACAUGACACUUCAUUUGACCCUCUACCCCUGACAUUGCUUCUAAUUUGAUAAACGGCAUUAUAACAUAUUUUAUUUCUAUUUUAGCAAUGGAAUCUAGUCUAACUGUGCUUUAAUUAAAAUUGGAAAAAAGGGCAUUCAAACCUUGAAAGUUUGAUUUAUUUUGUACUAUAUUUGUUUUGUUAAAUUCUGUGAUAAUUCUCGUAUUUUGUCUAGAAAGAUCAAAUCUAUUGGUAAAAAUUGUAUUAAUGUUUGUUAGAAUAAUAAAAUGAAAAAAGUUUAGAAA